AUGCCUAUAUUUCCAUACGCAACCGACUUUGAGCUGUUCACGCCUGACCCACGACCAAUCCAAGCACGCCUCGAUGGCCAAACAGUCUGGUAUGACCCCAAGCGCGCCGUUUCUGCAUGGCUGGAAAUGGAAAAGAGGCUUGGCUUUGACAGUCACGAGGGUAGUGGAAGCGACGAGGAACCCACCCGCGAAAUAUCCCACGUUCUUGCCAUGGGGGGGGGGACGGCUUCAGAGGAAGACAGUUGUCACGAGGCCUUUAUUGACGGCCCUUAUCAGUCUUAUCCUCCCGCAAUUUGGCAGGAGACGGAAGAAUCGAAGAAGAGCCUUUUAUCAGCAGCAGGGUUCUGUGUCUUCCCAUGGGGUACUUUUGAUACUCUGGAUGAAAGUCUUCCGGGUAAAGCAUACCAGAAUCUGAGGGCCCAGAGGCCUGGGUUGGGGUUAUUCGACUUGGAAAACGAUGGCGGUGACUAG